AUGGCGACGCGGCCGGCUUCCGCGUUCGCGGUUAAGCGGUCCUUGGGACACCACCCGCCAGAGAAGCACCCAGUCACGCGGCGCUCGGAGGACGCCGACCACAAUCAUGGACACAACUGCCGCAGGAGCGUUGGGUUCGGGGCGAUGGAGAUCGAGACGCUGAAGCCCAACCUGCCGCUCAUAGACAUGCCCGCGGACCGGCCGGACCGCAGCAAGGCCUCCUCGCGGCGCAGCAUGCGCUCGCGCCGCGAGAGCGGGCACAGUAGGCCGGCGCGGGCUGGUACGGCGGACGGGCGCGAGGGCGCGAACGGCGCGGCGCACUGCUCCGCGGAGGAGGAGGAGGAGUACCAUUCGGUGAACGAGGGCAGCGCGGGGUCCGUGUCGCGCGCCGCCAGCAACGUGGGCCCAACGUCAGGGGGGGCGUCGCCGCCGCGCGAGCCGCGGCCCGCGGUCGAGCCGGCCAAGCGGACGACGGCGCGCGCAGUCACGAUCGCGGAGCCGCCCCCGAAGCGCCUGCCCAUGUACGCCUCGAGCAGCCAUCGUUCCGGCGGCGACGGCAAGCAACAGAGCUACACGUUCGGGGACCGCAUCGCCGACUUCCUCAAGUCGCUCAUGUGCGUCAAGAGCCCGCAGCGGAAGGAGCGGCAGGCCGAGAUGGACCGCGUCAAGUUCCUCUCCCGGCAGCUCAAGCUGCUGAAGAAGAUCCGGGACAAGGACGCGGCGAUCAACCGCAUGGUCGAGCUGCCCGUGACGCUGCUGUGCGAGGUGCCGCCCGCGGCGAUCGAGGAGGUCGUGGAGCACUUCCGCGUGCUCGACCCGGACGGGAACGGGUACAUUGCGCGCGAGGAGGUGAUGGAGGUGCUGCGGCUGCUGGGGUACUGCCCGAUGGCGACGUACGUCGACAUGCUGAUGGACUCGCUGGACAUCGACCCUGCGAGGGAGGGCAACGUGAACGUGAUCGAGUUCGUCGUGCUGUGGCACAAGUACGUCAAGGAGUGCUCCAAGGAGGUGGACAUCAUGCGGUCGGCGUUCCAGCUCUUCACGCGCGGGGACGGCCGGUCCAUCACGCGCGAGCACUUCCGGGCCGUCAUCGACGAGCUCGGGAAGCCGCUCACCGACACGGAGAUCGACUUUCUGUUCUCCUGGACGGACGCCAACAACGACGGCACGCUCAACUUCGAGGAGUUCGUGUCCUUCCUGCAAACGAACGUCGCCGCCGACUCGACGAUCAACCUCCCGCCGCUCCUGCGCGAGAGGACGGCGGCGCUGCUCGCGGCGCGCAAGAGCAUGGGCGACAACGAGGGGUUCGGGCUGCCGCGCAAGCUCGAGACGAUACCCUCGGGCGCGGUGUCCAACCUGAUCUCGGAGGCGGACACGGACGCGCGCGGCGACCAGCCCUCGGUCGCCACCGCGCGCGCGAACAGCCGGCACGUCCUCGUGCGCGCGCCGAGCAGCUUCCGCGACCGCUACUCGCUGUUCUCGGACUCGGGCGUCCACCGCGCACCGUCGCGCGCGAGCACCGCGGCGCCCGCGACGAAGGAGGCGAAGGGGUUCUACGGGCGGUGCAUGGUCGCGGCGCGGUUCGCGAUCGACAUGGUCGACGAGAUGCAGCGCACGGUGCAAGGUCUGCAGAACGUGCAGGGGAAGCUGGAGCCGGGGGAGGGCGUGCCGGGGCCGAGGGGGCUCGCGGCCGCGCAGAAGCGGAUGGACGCCAAGUUCGUCGGCGCGUACACGCUCGCGGACCUCCCCGCGCUCAACCGCGCGGCGGUGACGAUCCAGAGGCACUGGCGCGGGCACGCCACGCGCGCCGCCGUGGGGCGCGGGUUCGCGGAGGCCCUGCUCGCCGGGCCCGGCACGUCGAUCGCGUCGCAGGCGAGCGUCGCGACCUCGCACGGAAGGGCUGGGACGACGGGCACCUCGGGCUCCAUCCAAGGGCAGGUGCGGCGCGCCAUGGUGCCGAAGCGCGUGCGCGGGCUGUUCAGGAACGUGACGUGGGCGGCGUCGCGGAGCCAGGGAUCGGGGGGCUCGACGCACGCGGCGAACGCCAACGGGCACACGGGCGUGGCCAGCGCCACAAGCCGCGCGGGCAACGGUGUGGACGUCGACUUGCUGCACGAGCUCGCCGAGGUGCGCGGGCAGCGCGACGAGCUGAUCGACAAGCUGCGCAAGGCGUACGCGCGCCUGCGUGAGGUGCGGGACUCGAACGGCGGCGCGCUCGAGGCGGACUCGUUGGCGCUCGCGGAGCUGGAGGCCUCGCUGCAGGCGCACGGGCAGCAGGCGCGGGAGCUCUUCAGGCGGCUGGGGGAGAUCCAGGCGGCGAAGGAGGAGGGGCUGGAGAACGGCGGGGGGCUCCUCCUUGACGACGAGGGGGAGUUGGCGCUGGAGGAGCUGGGGGCGCACGAGGUGGAUGUGGACUUCGUAGGCGGCGCAUGA